AUGAGCUCUCCGCUAGCUCAUUCGCCAACUCUUCCAGGCGACCAACCCUCUAGAGAACGCUUCAGCUGCGGCACAUGUACCAAAACCUUCAAGAACAUGAUAACCCGCCAUGCCCACCUGAUGAGAUAUAGUCACGAGCUCAACAAUGUCUUGGAAAUUUCUGUACCUUUUUUCCUCAACCUAAGGAAACAAGUCAUCAAGUGCCCUGUGUGUCCAUUCAAGGCAAAACAAGCCAAGUCCCCCAGAAGCUUUGUUACUCACUUCUCCCGCCAUGGCAACUGUUAUAACCUAACAAUCGCGUAUACAUGUUCCGUCUGCAUGGAAGUUAUGACCAUCGAUGAAGUCCAGGAUCAUCUUGAAUUACACCGUUCAAACCAUCUACCACUUACUCCAACCACCUCCCAACCUUCUGAGCAAGCCUCCCAUGAUCCAGUUCCAACUAGCCCAUCCACGGAUGACACCCUCUCAACCUCAGCGACCUCCUCACCUCCAUCGUCCCUGCCACUCUCCACUCCACCACCUACUUCCCCAGCCUCCUUGGACUCCCAGACCUUGCCCGACACCCAGAACCCUAUGUCACCAUCUGCUCCGUCUCCUCCAAGUUUUUCUCCUCCCCCUGAAACCAAUGCUGCUUUGAUACGUCGCUUCCUUGAGGCGUGUGGAAAUACUCCUGUCCCCACAGCACCUUCUGCACCUGUGAACCCAUCAACUCCACAUCCUGCUAUCCCCCCACUGAUGGCCAACAUCAUUACCACCCCUACACCGAACCUUCCUAGUACCCGUCAACCAUCUCCAAGAACAACCACUCAGCCACCAGUACUUCCCCGCCCGAGAGCUGCUGACUUCUUCGACCUCCCUCCAUCUAUCAUGGAAGACCUCCCUGAACCCAACCAGCCUACUACUCCCCCACCUCGUCCUCAAUCCCUUCCCUGCUAG